AAAAGCUUUGAUGGGCUUUCCCUUUGGAGCGUGGGGGAAAUGGUAGCAUAGAAAUGAUGAACGUCUGAGGGCCCUGAGUCUCUCCACGUGGAGGGGAAAGAAGACAGCCCAGGCCUACAGAGCACUCCAUACUUCUAUAGAAAAAUGAGUGGUGGGUUGGCACCAAGCAAAAGCACAGUGUAUGUGUCCAAUUUACCCUUUGCUUUGACUAACAAUGAUCUGUACAGGAUAUUUUCAAAGUAUGGGAAAGUUGUCAAAGUUACCAUUAUGAAAGACAAAGACACCAGAAAGAGCAAAGGAGUUGCCUUUAUUUUGUUUUUGGAUAAAGAAUCUGCACAAAACUGUUCUCGGGCACUUAAUAACAAACAGUUGUUUGGAAGAGUAAUAAAAGCAAGUAUUGCCAUUGAUAAUGGAAGAGCAGCUGAAUUCAUUCGCAGGCGGAACUACUUUGAUAAGUCUAAGUGUUACGAAUGUGGGGAAGCAGGACACUUAAGUUAUGCUUGUCCUAAAAAUAUGCUAGGGGAGCGGGAACCACCAAAAAAAAAAGAAAAGAAGAAGAAAAAGAAAGUAGUGGAGCCAGAAGAAAUUGAGGAGGAAGAAGAAAGUGAAGAGGAAGGAGAAGACCCUGCUCUAGAUAGCCUCAGCCAAGCCAUAGCUUUUCAGCAAGCCAAAAUUGAGGAAGAACAGCAAAGAUGGACACAGACUGCAGGGGGAUCUUCAAUUUCAGAUGAUUCAAAACGUCCACGGAUUAAGAAAAGUACUUAUUUCAGUGAUGAGGAAGAACUUAGUGACUGAAAUAAUUCUGUUUAAAUGCAUAUAUAAGAUAUAUAUAGAGUGUACAUUUUGUAAAGUGCUACAAAGUGAUCUGUAAUACAGGUUUGUUUUGUGUUGAAGACACUGAAGAUCAUGGGGUUUUUUUAUUCUGUCCCCUGACUCUCCCAUCUUUUUAUAUCUGUGUCUCAAAACCUUGCCUUUCAAGGCAACUUUUUUAAGAAAAUGAUGUAAUUAUACACUUAAAUCCAGAAAAGUAUCUGAGAAUGUGUCUUGCAGUUAAUAUCUAGACCCAAGUCCUAGCAGUGAAGUGUUUCAUGAGAGAGGUUCCCAAGGUUUUUUUCCUAAGAGGAGUUCCUCUUAGGAUGACUGUUAACGCCACUGAUGCUUUAUGUAUUGGUCUAUUUGGAAGCAGUGCUUUAGUAGUACUUCAGUAGAUUAUGAAACUUGCAUUAGUUCCUCUGCAUAGGGUUUAAUUUUGGCUUUAUGUCUGAAAAUGUCUUUUUACUCUUCAUGCAGUACUGUAAUAAAUUAUUGUCACAUCAA